GCGGCGGGCGGAGCUGGUCCCGUUGUGCUGCGGCUCCGCGCGGCCUGCAGUCCCGGGUCCGCGCCCCGCGCCGCCCGCCAGCGCGCCCGCCAUGGAGCCCGGCCCCGACGGCCCCGCCGCCUCCGGCCCCGCUGCCAUCCGCGAGGGCUGGUUCCGCGAGACGUGCAGCCUGUGGCCGGGCCAGGCCCUGUCCCUGCAGGUGGAGCAGCUGCUCCACCAUCAGCGCUCGCGGUACCAGGAUAUCCUCGUCUUCCGCAGCAAGAGCUACGGCAACGUGCUGGUGCUGGACGGGGUCAUCCAGUGCACGGAGCGGGACGAGUUCUCCUACCAGGAGAUGAUAGCCAACCUGCCGCUCUGCAGCCACCCCAACCCACGCAAGGUGCUGAUCAUCGGGGGUGGGGACGGGGGUGUCCUGCGGGAGGUGGUGAAGCAUUCCUCGGUGGAGUCCGUGGUCCAGUGUGAGAUUGACGAGGAUGUCAUUCAAGUCUCGAAGAAGUUCCUGCCCAGCAUGGCCAUUGGCUACUCCAGCUCAAAGCUGACCCUCCACGUGGGCGACGGCUUUGAGUUCAUGAAACAGAACCAGGACGCCUUUGACGUUAUCAUCACCGACUCCUCGGACCCCAUGGGCCCCGCCGAGAGCCUCUUCAAGGAGUCCUACUACCAGCUCAUGAAGACGGCCCUGAAGGAGGACGGGAUCCUCUGCUGCCAGGGCGAGUGCCAGUGGCUGCACCUGGACCUCAUCAAGGACAUGCAGCACUUCUGCCGGUCGCUCUUCCCCGUGGUGCGCUACGCCUACUGCACCAUCCCCACCUACCCCAGCGGCCAGAUCGGCUUCAUGCUGUGCAGCAAGAACCCGAGCACCAACUUCCAGGAGCCGGUGCAGCCGCUGACGCAGAAGCAGGUGGAACAGAUGCAGCUGAGAUACUACAACUCCGACGUGCACCGGGCGGCCUUCGUCCUGCCCGAGUUUGCCCGCAAGGCCCUGAAUGAUGUGAGCUGAGUCCAGAUGCUGCUGCCGACGCCGCCCUGGACCUCGGGCCAGGUGGCCCCGGACAGGACCCCUGCCGGCACCCCAACAACCAAGUGUUACAGGCCCCAGGAUGCUGCCCGCCUGCCCCGCUGGCGGACCGUCUGUCUCUGUGGUGUUCCGCCUCCAAGCCUAUGCCAGCUGUGUACAGCCCCCUCCACCCUCUGUCACCCUCACUCCCCAAACACAUGUAUUUAUAGCAAAC